AGGCGGCUGUGCAUGCGUGUGGAGAAACGAACAACGUUUAGUCGUGGACUGUUCCUGGCUUCACGCGCCCUCGGUUUGUCAGCGGUGGAGCGUCUCGCGCAGCUGUGAUCUCGGAGCGGGGGAAAUAAAGCACCGGUCACUGGAUUGUGUGUGAUUUGUUUUAAAAACACAGAAACAAUAAUGAGUUGGGGAACGGAUCUUUGGGACCAGUUUGAGAACCUUGACAAGCACACGCAAUGGGGCAUCGACUUCCUGGAGCGCUAUGCAAAGUUUGUGAAGGAAAGGCUGGAGAUAGAGCAAAACUAUGCAAAACAGUUGCGGAGCCUGGUGAAGAAGUACUGCCCUAAACGCUCCAAAGAUGAUGAGCCCAGGUUUACAUCAUGCCUGUCAUUCUACUCCAUCUUGAACGAGCUGAAUGACUAUGCGGGUCAGCGAGAGGUCGUUGCCGAGGAGAUGGGCCACAGGGUGUACGGUGAGCUGCUGAGAUACUCGCAGGACCUGAAAGCUGAGAGGAAACAUCACCUCCAGGAGGCACGGAAAGCUCAGCAGUUUUUGGAGCAGUGUUGGAAACAGAUGGACAAUAGCAAGAAGAAGUUUGAGCGAGAGUGCAGAGAAGCGGAGAAAACCCAGAUGCUCUUUGAGAGGUUAGACAACGACAUCAAUGCCACAAAGUCUGAGGUGGAGAAGGCCAAGUCCCAGCUGUAUUUAAGAACCCACAUGGCAGAUGAGAGUAAGAAUGAGUACGCGGCUCAGCUGCAGAACUUCAACGCUGAACAGUGGAAGCACUUCCAUGUGGCUAUCCCACAGAUCUUCAAGAACAUGCAGGACAUGGAUGAGCGUCGGACGGUGAAGCUCGGAGAGACAUACCGGAGCUUUGCCGAGGUGGAGAGGAAAGUCAUCCCGAUCAUUUCCAAGUGUUUAGAGGGCAUGGUGACCGCCGCUAAGAACGUCGACGAGCGCAAGGACUCCUUAAUCGUGGUAGAGUCAUUUAAGUCUGGGUUCGAGCCACCGACUGACUUUCCCUUCGAGGACUUCAGUCAGAACAUCCAGCGCACAGGGUCGGACGGUACUAUCGGUACUCCCAAAAACGACCCAGGCAAACCUGACCCUAAACACGCAAUCGGAAAAGCCAAGAACAAACUCUGGCUGUUUGGGAAAAAGCCCAAGCUCCCCCCUUCUGCCCCUCCCCCACCCAUUCCUAGUGUCCUUUCUGCUCAUUUUCAGUCUAAAUUCCCCACUGAGCGAAUAACAUACUGUCUCAAUGAAAUGAGAACGGUUACAUCCAAGAUCCCAACAUUCCGGGGUCUAAAGAGAGGGAACAACGGUAAGCUGACAGGAAGCGAUCAUCAGUUGACCUUGGCUCCAAACCUCGAGGAUCUCAGCCACCUGCCGCCAGAACAGAGACGGAAGAAACUUCAACAGAGGAUUGACGAGCUCAGCAGAGAACUGCAGAAAGAAAUGGACCAAAGAGAUGCUUUAAAUAAAAUGAAGGAUGUCUAUGAGAAGAAUCCUCAGAUGGGUGACCCAGGGAGUCUCCAGCCCAAAAUCUCGGAGACCAUAUGCAACAUGGAGAAGCUGCGCUCCGAGAUACACAAAAAUGAGACAUGGCUGGCAGAAGUAGAGGGGAAGCAGAGUUCCCGUAGCGAACGGCGGCCCAGUUCAGAUGUGAAUCAUCAUGCACCUCAUGGCAGAGAGAGUCCUGAAGGCAGCUACACAGAUGAUCCUAACCAGGAGCACCGGGCACCCCCCCAACCUGACCAGCACGAGUUUGACGAUGAGUUUGAAGAUGAUGAUCCUCUUCCUGCAAUUGGCCACUGCAAAGCACUCUACUCAUUUGAUGGUUCUAAUGAGGGCACAUUGGUGAUAAAGGAGGACGAGGUGCUGUAUGUUAUCGAGGAGGACAAAGGCGAUGGUUGGACGCGUGUUCGCAAGCAGAGUGGCGAGGAGGGUUACGUUCCCACAUCCUACGUGGAGAUCACGCUGGAGAAGCACAGCAAAGGUGCGGUCACCUACAUUUGAGCUCAUCCGAAGCAUGGUCAUCCAUCCAUGUUGACUCUUGGCAUUGGCAGCACCACAGCCUGCAUCAUACUCUGUUCACUGUGUGAGCUCAUGGACAAACUCACUAAUAUAUAUACACAGAGUGACCCUGACUAUGUUUACUUCAGUGGCAGGUUACUUUCCUUUUCACAUUUCAGAUUUUAUUCACCUGAUGAAGUGUUCUCGGUUCUGAAUAGAAGUUUUCCGUUCGGAUUAUUAGCUUUGUCCUUUUUUAACCUUUUUUCUCAGCAAUGCAGUAGGAUCAAAAGAUUUCUUGAUGUUCUUGAGGAACAAUACCUUGUUUUCAGUAAGUAUUACUGAAAUGGACCUGCUGUUACUGUUCCUAGAAGUGUUUCAGGUGCCACCUUGCCAUCUAGCCUCAGGCUUAGGCCUUUAGAAGUCCAAAUCACUGGGAUAAGUGGAAGAGUAAAAUAGUUUGUUGAGCGAGUAUUUUUCUGGGCUGUAUAACGUGCAUCAGCUUCAUGGGUGUGACUUCUCAAACUUGUCCUAUGACCAGAUUUGUAUCGUCUACAUUUAUGUGCUGCAUCACUGAUCUUCAUAUCAUUGUAUGAUAAAUCUCAGGGUCAGCAGUAUAUCUGUGUUAGUCUCCACAUAGUCCCUCAGUCCUGUCUAGUUGUGUUUUGUGUGAGUGACGGUGCUCUUUUUCCUCUCUCUGUGGCUACAGGUUCCUGAGUGGAUGAGUGGGGCUCUGUGGUGUUGGUGGAAGGGACACGCUGCUCUGGGUCUGUUAGUAGGUAGUGCAGGGGGUUUCAGCUGAAAGAGACAGGAACAAAGAGGAGCAAGCAGAUUGCAUGUUUGCACGCUAACUCUCAUUUCCAUUAACAUCAUUUCGAUUCAGCAGAAGCUUGUGUCGUAGAUGUGGUAGAAGAGGGGCGAGGGAUGGAAUAGGGUGGGGGUGUAAAGUGAGGAAUCGGCUGCAUGGUAGAAAGUGUAGGAAAACCCGAUGCGCUGACCUAACCUGUUGCAUUUAUCCUAGAAUGUGCCUGACCCUAACAUUCCGCCUUGUUGCACUCCAUUCCAGCGCUGUCAUAGGAAUGAAUUCCUGUGUCAUCCCUUUUGCUUGCCUUAACAUGCAUGACGUGAACAUGUCACUCCCUCUUCUCAGUGCUGACCUGUCAGCACCUGGUAGGAUGUAACCUCUUCUAAUCCUUCAUCACCCCAUUUCUGUGAUGUCUUGUUAUAUCAUUAUUGCCUUUUUUUUUUUUUUUUUUUUUAA